GUCGCACGUCGCCGUUUAAGAAACAGUCGCACGCAAUGACUCUCUUAUAUUCUGGCGUAGCUCAGUUCAGUGGUUUCGGCGACGGGUCAUCAGAUGCCGAGUGCCGCCUGAAAAAGGCAGGGCGUUGUUUUUCUAUCCGUCGUGUUGGUUCAGAACGCUACAGGUUUGCACAGUUUCCCGACCUCAAGAGCUGAUGUGGCGAUGGCAACCCUCUUCCGCGCUCUACAGCAGGGGCAUAAUCAUGUUCAUCUAGGACGACUCCUCGGACCGCGUGUGCAAUGGAUCGUUGGGGUGCACUGAUCGGCGACGGUUUACUGCGGUGGAUGGACACUGUGUUCCAAUUGUUCGAGCGCGCGGAGCAGGAGGAGACGGUGAGAUACGUUCGCCUCCCAACCUCCGAAGAGGCAUGCGGGCGCCUCAUGGACCGUUGGCCGCCCCCAUACAGGCACGAUACGGACUAUUGCCAUGUACGUAUCAUCAUCCAGAUUGCCUUCGACGAGGAGGCCUCGUACCACAAGGCGAAGCAGGCAGCGCGCUUCGAAUGUGGAUUUGGUAUCGAAUCUUUCACCGUCACGCUGUUCCUGGAUGUUCUAAUCUCCUCCCAUUCAUACUUGAAUGCGUUGCUUUCUCCUCGCGGUGCAGUCUGGAUUGCAUUACUUGAAUGUUAACUGUCAAACACCUGCGGUGCGUGCACUUGUGGAGCAUCGCCAGUUGUGAAAAUUGGCGUUCUUCCGAAUUCGACGGGCCCCGCUGCAGGCCGUGGUGCAAGGUCGGGCGUGCCAAGCGUUCACGAUGGCCGCGUCCGGCCUUCGCGCGACCAUCAACGAUUGGGAGCAACCAUUGCACCUCAAGGUGCUGAGCCUCUUCCUUGGAGCUCCGCAGUCCGAGUGGCGAACUGGCCGUGGAGGGUUGUACAUUGGCAGAGCGCUGCUCAUGCAUUCCGCUCUACCAGGUCUUCUUGGUCGCGUGGUGGAACAUCUCUCCAGCAACGCGCACCGACCGCGGCACCAGGCGUUUACACGUACCGUAGGGGGUUUGGGUUUUAUUUCCCCAUAUCCUAAGAUGGGGUUCUUGUUAUUACUUGGACGCAUCCUACUCCUUCUCCUCCCUCCUCCUUCCUCCUCCCCUCCUCCUCUUUCCUCAUACUCAGACCUACUCAUACUCAGACUUACUCAUGCUCAGACUUACUCA